GGACACGCCAACCGUCGGGUUCAGUAAGCGAACGGCUCUCAACGGCCACGAACGUGUUUUUCGUUCUUCGGUUCCCGCGCAUGCAUAUAUAUAUAUAUACAUAUUACACACGUAUAUAUAUAUAUGCAUAUAUAUAUAAAUACACGUAACGGCGAUAUAUAUAUGUGUUACUAUCCGAGACUGACCCGCGAGAAACAACACUGUCGUCGGGAGUACGCAGUCGGUGAUCGGCGACCGCGGCGACGUGACGACCAACCGUAGUCAGAUCGUAACAACAACAACAACAACAACAAUCAGCCAGCAGCAGUUACAACCGCGACACAGAUCCGCUUUUUCGAGUUUCCGCAAUUAUCCGCCUGCCAAUCGCGUCCAUCCCCAUCCCCCGCCCGGGACUAAAAAGAAACCAAAAAGAGACGUAAUAAGGAAGAAAAAAAAUUUUCUCUGUCAUUCCGCUCCGCAAAACGCACUUUCCCUACUUACCCUCCCCCCGUCAUUUCGGUUUCGGUCCUUCGUCUUCGUUCCCGCAACUGUGGCUUCAAUCAAUCAAACUGGAUUCCAACAAGCAGUACAUGUCGCGAAUACUUCGCGGCUACCGGAGGUUUAAGAAACUUUGCAAGCGUGUGGCGAACCAGGCGCUUACCGUUUCGCCACAGCCGGCAGUAACGGUGGAGGGGCCGGUGUCCAAAAUGUCUCCACCGACGAACGACGUGAACAACGGUGUGGUAGCGUCUCCCAGCACCCUGGCGCCUCGGGUUCCACCGACCACGAACCCGUCCCUCACCAACCCACCGACGCACAAGCGUACCCCGAAGGACUUCAUCUUCGGCAAGGUGAUCGGCGAAGGAAGCUUCUCCACCGUUUAUCUUGCCAAGGAUAUCCAUACCACCAAGGAGUACGCGAUCAAGGUGUGCGAUAAGAGUCACAUAAUCAAGCAGAAGAAGACCGAGUACGUGAAGCGCGAGAAGGAGGUGCUGAACAUGCUCGCGGAUGCCAAGCACUCGUUCGUGCGCCUGUUCUGCACCUUCCAAGACGCGGAGAGACUAUACUUUGUCAUGUCGUACGCUAAGAACGGCGAGCUCCUGCCGCACAUCAACAAGGUGGGCUCCUUCGACAUUGAAUGCACAAAGUUCUACUCGGCUGAGAUCCUGCGCGGCCUCGAGUACUUGCACGGGCUCGGUAUCAUUCACCGUGACCUCAAACCGGAGAACAUCUUGCUGGACGAAAAGAUGCACGUGCUCAUCACCGACUUCGGCUGCGCCAAGAUCCUCAAGGAAGACCCGGAGACGGCUACGGACCCUCAACAGCAACCGCGUUUCAGAGAUCGCAGCGGCUCCUUCGUCGGUACCGCUCAGUAUGUGUCACCAGAGCUGCUGACCAACAACAGGGUGAGCAGAGCGUCCGAUCUCUGGGCCCUGGGUUGUCUCGUCUACCAGAUGGUCGCCGGCCUGCCGCCCUUCCGCUCGAGAAGCGAGUAUCUAAUGUUCCAGAAGAUCCUGAAACUCGAUUACGAUAUACCGGACGGUUUCUGCGAGCUGGCCAGAUCGUUCGUUAAUCAGCUUCUCGUUUUGGAGCCGACGCAACGACUGGGCGCCCUGGACGAGCACGGCGCCGGUUACCCCAGCAUCCGGGCGCAUCCCUUCUUCGAGGGCGUUGAUUUCGAGACCCUUCACGAGCAGACACCGCCGCCGAUUUAUCCCUAUCUACCCGGCACGUCGGAGCACGAGGAGCUGAGGUCGCAGUACAGGGUGCCCGAUAAUCUCGAGCCCGGUCUAGAUCAGAAGCAACUCACCAGGCUCCUUUGGUUGGGCACCGAAGACAUCGAUGACGACAACGACACCACCGGCGCGGAGAAACGCGCUGUUAAUGCGUUCUUGAAUGAGAUUAUCGCGGACAAGCCGCUGAGGAGGUGCACGAAUAACACCCACGACAGCAGUGUCAACAUCGCCAACCUGACGCCGGAACAGAUCAGGAUGCGGCUGGAGAAGCAACGCUCCGCGAAUCAGUGGCACCCCUUCGUCGAUGACAAUCUCAUACUAAAACAAGGAUUCGUUAACAAGAGGAAGGGCCUGUUCGCCAGGCGGAGAAUGCUCCUUCUUACAACCGGACCACACCUAUACUACGUCGAUCCUUUCAAUAAUGUGCUCAAGGGCGAGAUACCCUGGAGUCCAGCACUGAGGGUCGAGCCAAAGAAUUUCAAGAUCUUCUUCGUCCACACGCCAAACAGGACGUACUACCUCGAAGAUCCCGAGGGAUUCGCAUUGCAGUGGUGCAGAGCAAUUGAGGAGACGCGAGUCCACUGUUACGGCCUGCAGGAGAUGACCACCGCUUAAGAUGAAGAUGGGAGAGAUCCAAAAGACAGAAACGAGUGGUAAAGUCCGCGAGUGGCGAUCGCUAAGACCGAUCUAUUCCCGACGAGAAGAGAUUGCAGAUCGUUUGUUCACGUAUUAGCCCGUUGUAUAAAGUAUACUAAUAGACUUAUCGCGCGCUCUGUACAGUUUAUAGGCAGAAAUUCACUAGGCAAAAAUUCCGAAACGCGACCUUCGUCGUCUCGAAAAUCGCGGUCGCGCGGUGUCCAUUAUCACUUACGUUCGCUAUUUAUUGACGACCCUUUGGAGAGAAUCGCAUCAUCCGCGCGAGAACCGCACGAUGCGUGCGCGAGAGGAUAGAAGGGAGACGGAGGAUUAGAGAAAUUUUUAGCCAAGGCUUCGGCUGUGUAUCCGCAGCGCCUGUUGCCGUGUGACGUAACUCGCGUGAGAUCGAGGUCGCCUCCGUUGGAGCAAAGGAAAAUAAAGUUCACGCACCCGUAAAUUUCGAUGUUUACAAUUCCCGCGAUAUGCAUAAAAUCCGAAUCCCACGUGCGAGCACAGAUUUUCACACGAAUUGGCUUUUGGGGGGAAAAACAAAAAGAAACCAAAACAAAAAAGAGACCGGAUCGUGUCCUAGGAAGGAUUCUACGGAGGCGUCCUCGGUCGCGCAAAACAGACUUCGCACGGCGCUAUUAUAGUACUUUAUUCCUAAGUAUAGUCCAAUUUACACACGCGAUAAAAAACGCGAUGCGUAUCUAGGUGAAAUUAAAAGCCGCGUGCAACGUGUUGCCGCGCGAGUUUAGACGUCAAUUUAGUCGGAAAAAAAGGGAAGAAAAGGAAGCGAAAAACGCAGUGGAGGAUAACGAGACGCCACGCAGCUUUAAACACAAAACCGUUUUACGCCGCCUGUAAAGGAUCCCCGGAAUCUCGCGACAUUCCGGGCGAUCUUUGCCCUCUUCGCGGGUGUACAGUAUUGUUCGUCACGUCGUUCAUCGUCAUCCCCCCCCCCCCCAUUCUCCUCGCGCGUUCGUAUUCUCGUUCCCCUUUUCGCGUAAACAAUCUCUGUAAAUAUCAUGACGCGUUUCUACGAAGAGCAGGCCGCGUAAAGGCACUUUGUAAUAUAGUAGAUACGUAAGUAGAAGAAAAGGGAAAGUGUCGUUGUCUCGCCACAGCGUUUUUCGCUCGCCGUUAAUUAUCACGCUUCUCGUCAUCUGGCCCUCGCGGACUCGGGCGUGCGAUCUAGGCGAUUAGGUAGGAGGUGUCGAAGGCAAGGGAGAGAUCGGCGUUGUUGUUCGCACUCGCGUUCCCCCGCACGUUCACAGGAAGAGGAAGCGGUGAAGAAAAGGGGCAUAGGAAACGAGGGACUUGGUUUUCCCUUCCGCAAAAAGACUUUUACACGCUUGAGAAAGGACUCUUAGACUAAUGUAGGCUCGUUUUGAUAGCUUUAAGAGGCGCUAUAGUAAAAUUUCGCUUAGAGCGUAUCGCCAAUUCGUUAUAUCGUUGUCAUUAGUGCUGAUUAUUAUUUACGGUAUGAUUUGUAGCGUUCGAGCGAGAGUUAUCGCUCGCGUAAUUAUUGCCGCGACUGGCGACACGCACGAGUAUUACGAGCAUUCAUUUUCCUCGCAUAUGUAUAAAUUAGGUAUUUAAUUAAACACGGCCUCGCGCUUCGUUAAUUUAUUUCUACUGUUACUCGCCUCGAAUAUAUUAUUUAUUUUCGUUUUCUUUUCCUCUUUUUCAUUUUAAGUGUCGCGCGUCGAGGGCCGCAACGUUCGUACAUAGAUUUACAGACUAGUUAACUAUCUCGCUACGUCGCUCUGCGACUAUAUUUACUAUACAUUAUUAGAGAGUAUAUAGCGCUAUUACUACUAUUAACUAUUACUACCGUCACCACUGCGUUGUUGCUACGUUACUGCGUACAUAUAUAUAUAUUAUAUAUAUUCUAUAUUAUACGUCAACUAUUGUCGUUAGACUUAGCUGUUUUUAGGUAUACACGUUUAUCGCGAAUACGUACUAGCGCGUUGAUAAAGGAGGAUAGGAAAGAAUCUAGGCGCGAUUCGACCCGUGACAUCGCGAGCGAGCCGUAGUUCCGACCCGUGUAUAUAAAAACUGUACAUUACUAAACAUACGGAAAUAUUUAUAUAGAUAUAUUGUGCGGUAUAUAUAUAUAAAAUAUUUAUAUAAUGUGAAUAGUGCGUAGUUAGGGGAAAGAAAAUGUGUAUAAAUGUUCAUAGGAUAAAAUCGCGUUUAGGUUUAAUUCUCGUUGAUUCCCGGCACGGCUCGCCCGCGAUUCCGCCGACGAAAAGCUUUAUUAGCCCCCCUCUAUAUAUAUGUACAUAUAUAUGUGAAUAUCUCUCUCUCUCGCAUGGCGCAGACAUAAACAGGGUAUUCGGGGAACGUCCGGGGCGGUCGGUGGUUGGCGCGCGUUACGUCGUGCGGUGUUCGAAAAAAUGCCGAUCCGUUCUCCCACGGGUCCCGGCAUUGUUCUCGCUGCCCAGCGGCUUUGCUCAAAAUGACCGCUUUUGGCGGGCCGCGUACGGUGCGGGCGGACGAGAAACGACGAGCGGGCGAACAACCACCGUCGGCGUCCCUGGCCGGACUCCGAUUUUUUUCUUUCUUCUAGUGAGAACCGAUCGCGAGAGGGAGAGCUAUCGCGCCCCCCCCCCCCGCCCUCCCUUGGUUUCAAGUUCCGCCUCAGGCGAAUCGCGCCUCAAUUUCGCAACGUAAUCUGUCUCUACCGUGAACGAAGCACAUGUGUCGUGGAAUUUUGGUUUAUAUAUAUAUGCAUAUGUAUAUCGUUUCAUUAAUCGCGCGAAGUCAUACAUAAAAAAAAAUAUAUAUUUUUCGACAUAGGAACAAAUAUAUUUCCGUGCAUGUGUACAUAUACAUCACACAUCACCGACGUUGUGCUUCUUUUCCGGGGAGAGGGAGUACGUGUCCACAAGUCCGAUCGCCGAUCUCGUAUCUCGCACACCCACGUCGAAGUCUUUUUUUUUCCCCUCCCCGUAUACGAGAUAGGGAAAACGGAUCUCGCGCGCGUCGUUUCCAUCGCGGGGAAACUUUGCAGAUCCUACGUUUCGUGCGGGCUUUGCAAACUUUCAGAUGGGAACGCGCGCGCGUUCUUCUUAGGGGUGCACACAAAAGGCGCGUUUCGAUUUUCCGAAGAGGGCGGAGGAACGUUGUCGGGCGUCCCUUCGUUCGUCCGGCUCCCGAGAUUCCUCCCGCCCUUCGGGUCCGUACGCUUCGGACCUGCCCCCUCUAUAUCAUAGCGAAAUAAUCGAUUUGGACGUGACCUCGUAAGGAGAAAACAAAACGCCAAGGCGCUACGUUCACUAAAAAGAAGAGAUAACUAAUUUAACUAGGCUAGAAAUUUUUCAGAGGAGACGUAUACUUAAAAAAAAAGAAUACCAACACUCACACCGUGACGAAAUCUUUUACGAUCUGCGAAACACGCAAGUAACAACAGCAAGGCCUUGCGGACGUUCAGAUGCCUACUGUUUCGAUGCAGCAGAAACGUUUCAACUAUUGAUUGCAGUAUUACUAAAUGUAUACAGAUUAAGUGUAACACACACUAAUACACAACACACAUACACACACGCAUACACACAAAUACCGUCAAUAUAUACUCGCGUAAUCUACGAGAAGACUUUGUAAAUAGUUAGGAUAUAAUUAAUAUAGGCGCCAAGAUGUACUAAGGAUAACAUCAAAUUUAUUCAGAAUAAAUCUUCCGAAAUAUCGCAUAAA